UUACUAGUAGAAACAUUCAGACGACCUCUUCUCUUAGAGAAACUUUUAGUAGAUCCUUUUGAAGAACCUUUGGAAGAACCUUUAGAAGAAUCUUUGGAAGAAAUAGAAUUUUUGAAAGAGCUUUUAGAAUCUUAA